CAAACAAAACAACGGUUAUUACCAAAAAUAAAAGUUAACGCAAACAUUUACAAGCGUUAAGAGACAUUAACAAUGAGGUUAAUGUCAUUGCAUACAACAGCAACAAAUCAAAGGCUAAGACUACCCUUUGCUGGCAACAUAUUUGUGCUUUCACUAUUUUUAUGUUGUUUGCUAAGCUCGGAGGUUUGGUCGUUUGCCAACAUUAAGCAACGACACAGGUUGGUAAGACAACUCAAUGCGGCCGACGCAGUUAAUUACGACAAGGAUAGUUCAAUGACAAACUUAUAUCAUCAACCGCAUUUCACUGGGAAUCGUAGUGUUAUAGUGCAAUUAUUUGAAUGGAAAUUUUUAGAUAUAGCAGAAGAGUGUCGCAACUUUUUAGGUCCACAAGGCUAUGCAGGAGUGCAAAUAUCCCCUGUCUUAGAGCACACAGUAAUCGAAACAUCUUCGGUAAAACAUCCUUGGUGGGAACGUUAUGAAGUGAUCUCUUAUCGUUUGGCCUCACGCUCUGGUGAUGAGUCAGACUUUUGGUCAAUGAGCCGCAUUUGCAAUGAACAUGGUGUGCGCAUUUAUGUUGAUGUAGUACUCAAUCAUAUGGCUGCUCCUCUUAACUUUCUAUUCGACAUCAAAGAGCAGGACAAUAAAGAUUUCAUUGUCAACACUUUGCUCGAAACGAGUGUCAACAUAUCACAGUUAAAUUACUCUAAUGUCUCAUAUACACAAGUGGACUUUCACCGCACAUUGUGCGCCAUAUUGCCCCAUACACAGGAUGCUCAUGAAAUACGUAAUUGUCAGCUGAAUGGACAUCCUGAUUUAGAUCAUUCACGUGCUGGUGUACAAAAGCACAUUGUUGAGUUGUUAAAUAAAUUUAUUGAUAUGGGUGUUGCCGGUUUUCGUAUCGAUAUGGCCAAAUAUAUGUGGCCAAUUGAUUUAAAGAAUAUUUUAAAACAAGUGAAAAAUUUGAGUACGGAAUUUAAGUUUAAGAAAAAUUCCCGACCAUUUGUGUAUCACGAUGUUUUUGAUUUGGGUUUGGAUACAGUGUCCAAAACCGAAUACUCUACCUAUGGUGUGGUCUCAGAGUACUUAUAUCCCGCCGAAUUGGCCACCAUUAUCCAAAGAAAGGUUCCUUUAAGUUCUCUCAUCAAUUGGGGUCCAGCUUUAGGAUUCUUAGCUCAUGAAGAUGCGUUAGUUUUCAUAGAUUCCCAUGAUACACAAAGAGGUCUACCCCAGCAAUUGGGCCACAACAAAAUGUUAACCUAUAAACAGCGCCUUAAAUACAUAAUGGCGAAUGUUUUCAUGUUGAUACAUCCCUAUGGAGCCAUAAAAAGGAUUAUGAGUUCUUACUAUUUCUCUGACGAAGACAUUAAUCAAGGACCACCCACAGAAGAUGAAGAAGGUGAGCAGAUAGGCUCACCACAGUUCAAUGAGCAGCAGCAAUGCACCAAAGAGUCAGGAUGGGUUUGUGAACAUCGAUGGCCCGUUUUGGUGAAUAUGCUUAAAGUGGCCAAUUAUUUUAGUGUGCCGGGACAGGAUGAGCCUAGUAUAAUCUAUUUUCAAACUAAUGGAGCCAAUCAAGUGGCUUUCUGUCGUGGCUAUAAAGCAUUUGUGGCCAUUAAUAAUGAACCGGAAAUAGAGUUUGAGAAAGAAGUUUAUGCCUGCUUAGAGCCAGGCACCUAUUGUGACAUGGUAACGGGCGGCAAGAAGGAGGGGGAAGAGAAAUGUCAUGGUAAAAUAGUAGUAAUAAAUGAACAAGGUUAUACUAAACUGAAAUUGGCAGUAGCAGAUGAGGAAAGUAAAGAUAAUCAGGAGGAAAAUGCGGAAGAAGAGGAAGACUCAGGCAGAAUUGAAAGUUAUGGUAUUCUGGUGAUUUAUGUAGAAUCGAAGAUUCAGCCAAAUGAUGCAGAUGAUGCUAAUAAUGAAGGAGAAGAGAAUAACGAUCCGGAAGAGAGUGAAGCUGAAGUUAAAGAAGGUGAAGAACCGAUUGAAGAAAAUAUUGAACAACCAACUGAUGAUGAAGAGCACAAUACUGGUGCUGAACAGCCCGAUGUAGUAGAUCCCGAAACAUCUAAGGAAGAAACUGACGAAAAUCAAGAGGAAGGAAAUGGGGAGGAGGAUGCAAAAUCAGAAGAUGCUGCCGAAGAAGAACCAGGUGCUGCUGAUGAUAACACUGAAGGUGAGGCUGCAGACCCCGAAACAGCUAAGGAAGAUGGUGAAGCUGAAAUUCAACCAGAAGAAAAUGAGAAAGAGGAUGAAAACCCGGAAGAUGCUAACGAAGAAGAAGCAGGUGCAUCGGAUGAUGAAACCGAAGGAGAAGCUGAUGAUCCGGAAACACCUAAGGAAGAAGAUCAAGCAGAUGAGAAGAAUCCAGAAGAAGAUACAAAUAUUGAAGUUUCUGAUGAGAAAGAAGAUAGUGAAGCUGAUGAGAAUAAUCCAGAAGAAAAUGAAGAAGAGAAUGCAGAGGCAGAAGUUUCUGAUUCUGGGGAACCGGGAGAGACUAAAGCUGAACUGUCAAUAGAACCUGAAGAGGAAGCUGAAGAAGAAGCUUCAGAUGAAAAUAAAGUAGAUGAAGAAAAUAAUUCAAAUAACGUAGAAGAUGGAGAGGAAGGCACACAAAGCGAAAAGGAAGAAGUAGUUGAAGAUCCAGCACAGGAAGAGGAAGUAAAUGAUGAUGCCGAAGCAGAUAAUAAACUAGAGGAAGAAAUCCCUUCUAAUGAUCAGCCAGCAAAAGAACUUGAUGAAGCAGAAGACACAGAUAACUCCCUUGAAAUAAUAGCAAACGAAGCAUCAAUUGAACAACAAGAUGUACCGGAAACCGCUGAAUCCAGAAAUUUAGAUGAUAAAGCUGACGAAGCCGAAGAACAAAUGGAAAAGCCUAUAACCGAAAUAGUCGAUGAGAACACUGAUGCCUCGGAUGCUGUCACGGCUAAAAUACAAGAAGUCCAAGCAGCUGGCAUUUUUGUUAAACCCAGGGGAGAUGGUAACAAUGGAUAGCAAAGAAUUCAAGCACGAUGUUAUACAAUAAUAUUGUGCUAUCUUAUCUUAAAUACAAUGUAUGUAAUUGAUUUUGAUUUUAACAAUAUUCUUUAAAUUCUCUACCGCAAACAGAGAAAUACACAAAUUAAUACACUGAAGUAUAAAUGUACAGUAGGGUGGCUUUAACAAAAUAAAAUUAUACUAUGGAACAAAAUUUGGGUCUUAAGAACCUAUUUAGGUUUCCAACAUAGCAGUGCCAUCCUAUUGUUUAAUAGUAAACUUAGUAACACAUUUAUUCACACACUGUUUUAGAGAAAAAAGAUUCUAAAACGAUCUUAAGCGUUUUUUGCACAAAAAUAUCUGAAGCAUAAACUUACUAACUAACAAUGUAUUCAUAAGAUGCUUUGGGUCUAUAAAACAUAUACACACAAGCUUACCAGCACAUUUGU